UCCGUUCUCCAUUUCCCCCUCUGCUCCGCUUCUCUCUCUCUCUCUGCUCUGCUCUGCUCUGCUCUGCUCUCUCUCCAAGAGGACAGAGAACAGCUUCGCCCUUUCUUGAUCUGAUCCUUCUCGAAUUCUUCGUAUCUUCUUCUGCAAUUCAGAUCAAGAAUGGCGGCCAUUAAUCGAUACACCGACAACACCACGCCGGCUAACCCUGUUGUUUCUCCGGCCAAGCAAUCCUUACCACCGCCGAAAGCCGCGGACUCUCAGUCUGUUCUCAAAAGGUUGCAGUCUGAAUUAAUGGCUCUAAUGAUAAGCGGAGAGUCUGGGAUCUCAGCGUUUCCAGACGAGGACAACAUAUUGUGCUGGAAAGGGACAAUUACGGGAAGCAAAGACACAGUGUUUGAAGGAACAGAGUACAGAUUAUCACUUUCAUUUCCCAACGAUUACCCGUUCAAGCCUCCAAAGGUGAAGUUCGAGACUGGCUGUUUCCACCCAAAUGUGGACGUUUAUGGCAAUAUUUGCUUGGACAUACUUCAGGAUAAAUGGUCAUCAGCCUAUGAUGUGAGAACUAUACUUCUAUCCAUCCAGAGUCUGCUUGGAGAACCAAACAUAAGUUCACCUCUAAACACCCAGGCAGCUCAAAUGUGGUCCAAUCAAGAAGAAUAUCGGAAAAUGGUGGAGAAAUUGUACAAGCCUCCAACAGCAGCUUAGUUUUACUUGGAGAAACUAGGAUUUGUCUCUCCUUCUCUCUUUUUGCACUUGAGAGAGGAGAUUACCAAAUGAUUUAUUUUUUGUUGUUUACUCUUUCCUGAUGUGUGCUUCAUUUCUUAGAUAUUAUAUGCCCUCCUACUGUGUUAUAUGUGGAAAUUUCAAGUGAUGACCCAUAUUUUGUUCUCAUUUCAAA